AUGUUCACGUCGCCCUUUUGUAAGGAAAAAGCAGCCGGAGGGGAAAAGUGGCGGCGCGGCGACGCGAUGUCGCACUUGCUGCCGUCGUCGUCAGCCACCUACACGGAGGACAUCACGGUGGUCGGCUCGCUGCUUCGCGACCGCAUCGCCGGUCUCUACGACUCGAUCCUCGGCAAGGAGUCGCUCAUGAGCGGCUGUGGCUACGGCGAGGACGGCCGCAUCGCCAUGAUGGUCCCUUUUUGUCUUGGAAACAAGCUUGUGCGCCAGGCCGGGCUUUGGGCCUUAAAUUAAAAAAAAAGCCUGCGUGUGCUCGGGCCAAGCCGGGCUUCGAAAAGAAAUCUUGAAUUUUAUUUUUAAAAAAAUUUCACCGAAAAAAAUUAUUUUUUUACUUAAUCAUAGCUUCUAAUAACUUUAUGAGAAAAACUGAGCAAAAAAAUACCACUUUUCUCGUUAAAAAAACGAAAAAAUCGACUUGAAAAGAAUUUGAGUUUUUGGGCCGGGGUCCUUAUAGGGCCAGAUUUCUAAGGCCCUAAAGCUUGAGUGGUCUCUAUAGGGGUCUCCAAUUUUUUUUUCCUUAUUUAAAAGUUGAAAAAACGGUACCACUAAGGAGUUUACGAUUUUUGGAUUUUUGGGACUCAUAGCUAUUUUACAGUCUCAAGGAAUGAUUUAAGUAUGGCAGCGAUUUUUGAAUUUUCCUAUGAAAAAAAAAGAGUUGCCAAAGAUGAGAUAGUCGUUCGUAUUUUUGAAAAAAAGAAGUCGAUUUUGUGGAAAAUCAACACACAGAUUUAGGAACAGCCCGAUUCUGAACUAGAUAGGCAUCCAAAUUUGAAUCUAGCAUUAAAAUUGAGGAUUAUUUCACUUUUGACGUCACUUUUAUGAUUACUACGGUCACAAUAAGCUUCAAGCCAGAUAUCUGAGAAAUAAAACCACAGAUUUGGAACCAGUGUAAAAACCUGGACAAGAUAGGUUUCAACUUGAGUUUAAAUUAGGCAUUUUCAACUUUUACUUCAGUUCAAGAGCUUCCACGAACACAAUAAACUUUAAACUUCAUUUAUAAAAAAAUCAAGCACAUAUUUUGAAUCUUCCAAGUUUUCUAAACUUCUAAAAUAUGAAAUAAAAGCUAAAUUGAACCCUAAAAAUAAAAAAGUGGUCCCUAGAGGGGCUAGGGCAAAAAACCGCUAUAAUGGACGAAAUAGGUAGGGACCGCAGACGAAUUUUCAAAAAUUUUUUUUCAGCAUUGAGCCUUGUAUGGUUUGAUAGCUGUUCCGAUUCAAAACUCAGAACCGUUUAGUUUUUCGAAAAAGAUUGAGGAUGAAAAAAGUUAUGACGGAAAAUGUGGCGCGCCGCGCACCAUUUUUUUAGUACUGAAAUUUUGGUAUUAUCCAUUUUUGACAUUUUCCUCGAUUUUUCUUCUAGAACAAUUUUUGAUACUGGUCUAUUAUAAUGUAACAAAUCAUAAAAGAGUGCUAAAAUGAUGCUAAUCAGCUAGUUUGCCGAAAAAGUCGGUAUUUUCCAGAAAACAAAAAAACUUCCGCUUGCGGGCAUCGAACUCGCGACCUCAAAAUGAAAAAUCGCAGCGCACGCGCUGCGCCAAGCUGUUAGGUCCAACGCGGGGAGCUUCCAUCCGCCAUACCCUUGAGCCGUUUGAAUAGCACAGAUUGCCUAUAUCAAAAAAAUAAAAAAAUUUGAAGUAAUUAAGCUAUUUUUUUAUUAAAAUAUGUUCGCAAAUCUUUACUCAAACUUUUCGUGGAAAUUCACUUCGAAAAAAACUGUUUUUUUAGUGCUUUUUUUGCCUCGUUUAAUGAUCGCUGCAUUAAAACGGUCCCCGUAAAUUUUUUUGGCAAAGACGAAUUUUUUUAUUUUUAUUCUUUUUAAUUGAAAGAUUUUUCUACUAAUAAAUGUAUAUAAUCGUUUAAAAAAACCUGCGUUCGACCGCUUUUCUGUGUGAUAAACGCCGCUAAUUUUUGUUCUCUAGUUUCAAGAGCAUUUUUUUGCGUAUUAAACAACUUUUUCAAGCACAGAUGCUGUGGAGAAAAAUUUAAGUAAGACCAUGGUCUAAAUUCUGAAAAAACAAAUACUCGAUUAUAUUCGCUUAUUAACGAUAUUUUUGAAUUAUGACUUUCGGCGCUCCCUAAAAAUUUUUUUGGCAAAGACGAAUUUUUUUAUUUUUAUUGUUUUAAAAAGUACCGUUACUUGAAUCAAAAUCAUUAUAUAAAAAAAGAAAGAGUGCGUUCGAUCUGAAAACACAUAAAAAAGCAAAAAAUGACAAAAUUUUUUAGUUCCAUUCACGUUUUUGUACGACAUUCCGCGCGAACGCAUCAAAAAAGCGUGAAAUGUUUUUUAAACGAAAGAGGAAGCUUUUCUGUACAUGCGUGUCAAAAUUUAUUAUCUAGUUCCACAUAUUUUGCAACUACAGCAAAAUGAAAGUUGAAAACCAAAAAAAAGCCACUUUUUCUAUCGCGAAAAGGGGCGUGGCUUUGCGGUCCCUAGAAAUAGGGCUCCCUUGGAGGCCAAAAUUUGAGUGGUCCUUGUAGCGGUUCAGGUUCUGACCCCUAAAGCGUAUGUGGUCCUUAUAGGGGUCUCUUAUUUUUUUUUUUUACAAACGUCGAAAAUUUUUUCUAAGGCGAAUUGGAAAAGAAUGAAGUGAAAUUUUGUUGAAUUUUUGAUGAAAAUGGGCCUGAUGCGGAUCAUCCUUUUCUUGAUCCGUGCUUCCUAUUUUUUUUCUCCAAUGACCUAAUAUUUUUUAGAAAAGUUUCAGUUUUAUAGAGCGGAGCCUUCAUGCUGAAUAUUUUCGAAAGAAGAUUAACAAAUUGAGUAAAUAUUUUUCGAAGCUUCAGAAGUUAAAACGAGAUUGACUCUAGGCUUCUGUUAUAGUCUGUGUGCCACGACUUGAAAUUUCACGGAACGACAUUCCGCUGUUCCGCUGCGUGCGGUCGCGAAGCGUCUUUCGAAUCAAUUGAUUGUUAUUGCUGUAAGAUCACAUGAAAGUAAAGUACCUUAUAAAAGAAAAAAAGUUAAAAGCGCGAUCAAGGUUCGCAAAGGCGCGCAGCGGCACAGCGGAAUGUCGUUUGGUGAAAUUCUAAGUCGUGGUACACAGGCUAUAAAAAACUGAAAAAAAAUGCUUCCGACUAGAGAGUUUCCAUGAAACUUCCGCUUCAUUUCAAUCCAAAAUAUCAAGUUGCAGGUGGACAAAGUGCAGCUGGUGGAUCGACUUGGAGUGGAGGCCAACUUGCUGGGAACCGUCCACGUCACCACAACCCAUAUCAUAUUUCGGUCCGAAGAUGGCUCCAAAGAGCUCUGGGUCCGUCUAUUUUGGUCUUAUUUGAGAAAAAAAACAAGGGUCCUGAAGGAAGAGAAACAAGCUAUAUUUUUAAGUCCGGAACGCUGAAGUGGUCACUAUAGGGGUUAGAGAGGAAAUUGCCGCCCUUUUGGAAAUAAUAGUGAUAUCUGAAGCUUGAGUGGCUCCUUAAGUGAUCUUUCAAAUUUUGGUUAUGAUUUGAAAGAUGAAGUACGUAUGGGGACUACUAGCAAGCUUCCCUCGAGAGGUCACUAAUUGAAACCCCUAGAGUGGCCACUUUUGCAAACUUUAGCGCCCCUAUAGGAAAAUUAAAGCGAUCCCUUGAGGGGAUUCUUCUACAAGAGCCCUAGAGGGACCACUCUAAAAGCUCCUGAGUUCCCGAAUGAUGUCGAAAUAAUGACUUUUUACGAUUUUGAAAUUUCAAAAAUAUAGCCAAAGUUUUUUGUAAUUUUUAUAUAUAGACUUGAGAACACGAAAAAGUUGAUCAGUGUAAAUUUUUUUAUGUUUCAGUUGGCAACUGGAUUAAUCGCUUCUGUGGAACGAGGAUCCUUGAGCGCCGCCGGAUGUCCUUUGACCAUCCGAUGCAAACAUUUCCAGGUUCAAAAAAUCUCAAAGCCCUCAUUUUUGUGACUUUUCAGACUAUCAGUUUGCUUAUCAGCCGUGAUAAAGCCUGCCAAGACCUCUAUGAGACCCUUCUCAGGUGCUCCAAACCGAGUAAGUUUGUUCAGAAAAAAAAAAUGCGAAUAAUCUAUAAUUUUCUCCAAAUUUCUAACACAACAAGCAACAUGAAACAAGAAAAAUAAAAAAAUUUUGUUUUUUUACCCGAUUCUUCAAUUCUUUACUUUGAAAUUCCAUUACUUCUGUUUUUUUAAAGGUUUUUUUCAUGAUAUGAGAGAGAAAAACUUGUUUAAAAAUCAAAAAAAUAUGUUAUUUAUCCAUAGAGCAACCUUGCGUUUCGUUGCGUAGUUUUUGUGACUUUUUCCUCUCUAAAGUUCUUGAAUUUAUCAUUUUUCUCUUGGUAAGAAAAAAAAAACCUCUAUAGGGACCACCUUGAUUUUACUCCUAUAGGUACCAAUUUUUCGGCUCUUAUAGGGGCUGUUUUUCUCCUUGAUCCCUAUAGGGAUCACUCUAAAGUUCUCGAGUAUUGAGACUAAAAAAAUCUACAUUAAAAAAAAAUGAAAAUUUCUAAAUUAAGCUCAAAAUAAAAGUCCACGUAGGAAAAUUAGAAUUUAUUUUUUGUACAUUUUUUGGAAAAAUAAGAAAUUUGCCAUUCAGUAAACGUCAACGAACUGCUGGCCUUCGAAAAUCGGGACUCGGUGGAAGACGCGCGGGGAUGGUCCCGAAUGGACUGGGGCAUCGAAAUGUCGCGACAGGGAGUCCCGCCGGACACCUGGGUCGAGACCGACAUCAACUCCGGAUUUUCGGUUGGCAAUAGCUUUAUUUUUCUGAGCUUGGAACGGCGAUAUGAAACAGAAUUUUUCGUUUUCCUCAAAAAAUUCUCCUCCUUGUUUCUCUGGUUUUCGCCAUCCUUCUACUGUGACAAUGAAAAAAAAUGAAAAUGAACAAAAAAUUAGAAAAUUUUCUGUACAGAAAUCAACUUUUAUUUAGCAUAUUAUUCAACUCCUGAUCGAUUCUAGGCCACUUUUUAGUGUAAUAAUGAUUUUAGAACCAAUUAUACUCACUAUUUUUUUCAAUUUUUGCCGCGUUUCUAGUCCCGAGGCACCGUAUUCCGUUAAAAAAUUGGAAAAAAAAUCUUGAAAAAUUUUUAUUUUCCAUAGUUUUUCGAUAAUUUGUUCAUUUUUCGAGGUUUCAAAGUUCCAUUUGAAUGAAUAAAAGAAUAUAAAACUCCUUUUGUUUUUACAAUUUUCAAAAAUUUUAUUUCAUCGUGAAACGCCAAAAGCCAUCCUGGCCUAUCCCGCCUUUAAAGACGUGAAGAAUCAACCGUCAAACGGAAUCGAACGAUUUUUGGCCUUUUUAGAGUUGUGACACGUAUCCGGAAAGACUCUGGGUGCCGGCCUCGGCCUCGACGGCCACCUUGAUCGGAUCCUGUCGGUUCAGAUCCCGAGGACGACUUCCAGUUUUGUCCUACUUCCAUCGACAGUCUGAAGCGUCGUUGUGCAGGUUUUGCAGCUUUUUUAUCGAAGAAAUUCGUAGAAAGGCCUUUCCGUAGACUAAAGUAUAGUAGCCAGAGAAAAAAAGGAUUAGUUUUUUAAUUUUCUUUGUUUUUAAGCGCAUUUUUACAGAUACCAAGGCAUCAUUUUUAAUAAAAAAUGUCUUUUUAGGUUUUAAGUUUUACCAUUAAGUAAAAAAUAUGUGACAAUUCAGUGUGUUUAAUCAAUAUGAAGGGUGAGAAAGUAAAUAUGAAGAGGACAUUACUAUGACAAGGUUUUCAAUAUAGAAAAAGAAGGUUCAUUCUUAACAUUUUUUAGGCUGAAAAUCAAAUUAUUUGUGUUUUUAAUGGAUCAUUGUACAGGUUUUUGAAGUUUUGUCAAUGAAAAAUCGUUAAAAUACGGGUUUUCUUGUCUAAAAUUUAGGAUAUACAGAAAUAAGUUGAAUUUAAUUCUGGAAUAUGGAAAAGGUUGAUUCUUAAUUAUCAUGAGCCUGAGAAGUUUGAAAGCUUUAUUGCCAAGUUAUUCGGUUUUUUAGGACACUUUAUAGAAAAAUGGUACCAAUUUUAAGAACAAAAACCAUUGCAAAACAGAAAAGCAAAAAAAAAACCGACUAGUUAGUGACUAUUUUCAAACCACAAAUAAUGAUAAUUUCUUGUGUUUUUACAGCUCUUUUGUUUAGGUUUUUGAGCCUUAUCAAGUUUUUUGUGCCAAGUUGUAAAAUAUAUCAAAAAAUUGGAAUGAUUUUUAUCGGUUUUCGGGCUAAAAAAACACGUUUUUCAAAGGCUUUUUGAAACAUAGUUGUCAGGGAUCUAGAGCUUUAAUAUUAUUAAAAUUUGUCUCUGUCACGUUUUUUUGGAUCAUUUUGUAUAAUAUAGAGAAAUUGGAUCAUUUUUUUGAAAAAAAGUGAACUUUCUUGUAUUUUUUUGAAGCGUCGUUGUCCAGGUUUUGAGGCUUUAUUUUUCAACAAAAAAAUGAUUUUUAUAGAGCAAUAUGUGGAAUAUAAGGGAUUUUUUAAUUCAAAAAAACUAAUUUCGGUUUUUCUAAACUAGUUCACAAGAUUCCAAGAAAGACCGACCACUUGAAAAAGUUUAUUUCGAACUUCUUUUUGCUCCAAUUCUGCGAAUUCGGAUACACUUUGAUGAUUCUGGGUGAUCGGCUUUAUGAAAAAAAGCUUGAAAUUUUUUUUUGUUUUUUCAACAAAAUAUUCAGCUCUGUUAGAUUUGUUUACCGUUUCUGUGUAUUUAUUUAUUGGAUUUUGUUUCAAUCAAAAUAAUCUUUCGUCUUUUUUUUCCGCUGUGAAUUUUAUAUUCGUGAAUCUAUGUUUUCUUAGAACGGCAAAGUGGUCCCUAUAGGGACAACCUUAGGGGCCCUUCAAGGUUCCCCUCUAGGGACCACUUUCCCUUCCCUGUAGGGGCCACUAAAGCUUGCAAAAGUAGUCCCUAGAGAGGAAAUGCUAUCGGAUUACUGUUAUGAGCUCUCUGCGAAGGAGUAUUUCCAUGCAAAAAACAAAAUAAUUAGCUUCAUUUUAAUGAAAAAGAUCUACCGAGGAUCAAUCAAUUAAUUUUGUGAACGUUUUGAAUUAAAAAAAAAUUUUCCAGAUGCGCCCAACCGUUAACCGGCUUCUCAGCUCGAUGUGUCGAAGACGAAAAGCUGAUGGAAUUGAUCGGAAAGGCGAAUCCGAACUCGGAAACGCUGUACCUGGUCGACACGAGACCCCGGGUCAACGCGAUGGUCAAUAAAGUGCAGGGCAAGGGAUUCGAAGACGAAAGGAACUAUUCCAACAUGCGAUUCCACUUUUUCGACAUUGAGAACAUCCACGUGAUGCGCAACAGUCAGGCCAAGCUGAUUGAAGGUGAAAAUUUGGGUAUCGCUCAAAAUGCUCAAGAGCCCGUGGGUCGCCCGUCCGUCAAAAUGGAGAAACUUGGUUGAAAACAAAAAAUAGUGCAAAAAUGACUCUUUUCACAAUGUGACCCAUUUCCGAUCAAUAGUUUUUCUUUCCAAGUUUCCUAUUUCUCAUAGCAUUGGCGUUUCAUUUAAACUUCAAAAAGGAAAUGCUCUUUUUAACGUUGAUUUCCUGAUAGCCAAAAGUUUUUUUCACUACAUAACCACAAUGAUCUCGUAAGUGGUAUGAAAAAACAAUUUUUAGAGAAAAACCUUUUUUCCUAGUGAAUAAGCGUUUUGAUUCUAUUUGACAAGAAAUUAAAGUACCUUUUCGGCUUUUAAUAAGGUUCAAAAGGGGAAAUUCAUAAAUUUUUUUUUACUCACAAGUAAUGUAAUUUUAAUUUGGUGUUAAGAAUUUUUUGAAAUUUGGCCAGAAUACUCCUUGAUGUACCAGAGAAAUAUUCUGAAAGUUUCAACCUGCACAAUUCUCUAGUUUUUCAGGAAAUAAGAAUCUGAAGCCCGGAUAUAGCCUGUUUUACCGCAUUUUUAGGGUAUCCUUUCUCAAAAACCAGGAGGUUUUGCAAGUUCAAAUUUUCAUUAUCUUCUUUAGGUUCAUUAAAAAGCGUUCUGACCAAUUUUUAGAAAUCUCCCGACCACAAAGUAAAAUGACCUUUCCUUGUGGACAAUAAUUCACUUUUUUGAAAAAUAAAUCUCCUAAGAACUCUCUCGAAAACCUAAAGAAAACGUUUAUUCGUUCAGCUUGCACAAAGACGAAGAACAUGACCGAGUACCUGAAGGCGUUGGAGUCGUCUGGAUGGCUGAAACAUGUCCGUUCCAUCUUGGAAUGUAGCCUUUUCUUGGCCCAGUCGUUGACUAGAGGUUCCACCUAGAAAAUUGAAGAGAAAAACUCGAAUUUUUCAAGGAGUUUCCUGCGUCGUCCACUGUUCCGAUGGCUGGGACCGGACCUCGCAAGUCGUCGCCUUGUCUCAACUUCUGCUCGACCCCUUUUUCAGGACCAUCCAUGGGUUUCAGGUUGGAUUCUUGGACGUUUCGUGUUCAAUCAAUAUUAAUCAAUAUUUAUUGGUUGUUUGAGUCAGUCAUCCUAAGAAAUUGGUAUUAUCCCACGACGUUCUUGUCAUUGAAAUAAUAUGCACAAAAAAAGACCAAGGGAGGGUGCCGUAAAUCGUACGACUACGGUAGUUUUUCGGUGCAGGACCCGUUUCCUGAUGGACAGACUCACAAAACUAAGAUAUCUCUAGAUUUACUGAAAGAUUCAAAAAAAUACGUGUUAGAAUGUUUUUUUAAGAUUAUAGUCUUCAAAUAGAGAGAAUUUUUGUGUGUUUCAGGAGCUAUUAGCUAAAAAUUUAAAAAGGCUGAAGUCUGCGAAAAAUGCGUCUCGGUGUGUACACCCUAAACACCAUAGUUCACGUAACUUUUCGACUGACGUGAAAAAAAACGCCGUGAUCACACUAAUUUUUACUUUUUUUCAAACCAGUGAACUUUUACAAAUAUGGUCCUAAAAUGGGAACAUAAAGAUGACAAAGAACGAAACUUUUAUUCCCCUUUUCUCUUUUUUCAGUGAGCCUAAGGUCGAUAAAUUUUAGGUAUAAACUUCAAUCUUCUUUUUCUCUGGGUGCCGAUUAAGAAAAAUUGGCAAAAUAUUAGGAAAAUGCGAUUUUUUAUUUCAAGGAACACUCCGUAAAUCUGGUUUCUGAAUUAGUUGGUUCAAAAUUUGUUAGAGCCAAUUUUUCAAAAAAUGAGUUGAACUAAAUUGAUUUAAUUUGAAUACAUUACAAAAUUGACUGGAGGGUAUUAAGAAUCCUGUUUUUUUGGAGAAUAGGAGCGUUAUAUAAACCUGACUUCUAAAUGACGGACUUUUUCAGAAAAUUUGGGAAAUUUGACUAGAGGGGUCUUAAAAAAUCGGAAGUUAGUGAGUAAUUAUAUAUUUUAAUUUUCGAAUUUUUUAAAACGUUUCUCAAUCAGCCAAGACGCCUCUAGAUCGUAAGUAUAAUCUCCAAUCCGCUUGAUUCCAGGUGCUGAUCGAGAAAGAUUGGCUCGGAUUCGGACACAAGUUCGACGAUCGUUGUGGCCAUGUCGGGGCGCUGAACGACGAGGCCUCCAAGGAGGUGUCGCCCGUUUUUUCCCAGUUUCUGGACUGUGUCUGGCAGAUCAUGCGGCAGAAACCGAGGGCUUUCCAGGUACUCAUUGAUAGAAAAUCACUUUACGGUUCUUGGAGCUAUUAAAAAUAUUUCUUUUCUUCUGUUUCAUAUUCUUUUGGCAGUUGGUUUCGAACAUCACACUUUUCUACUCAAAUAUGUCAAAUAUUCUUAUCAUUUUUACUUCAGUGGGAAAAUUCAAAGUGGCCUCUUUAGGGUUUUGAGGGCUUAAGAGAGUAGUGAAAUUAGGGGCCAAAGUUAUAGAGCUGAUUUUAGCGACUCCUUCAAGUAAUCCUUGAGUAACCUCUUAAGUGGCCGCUAGAGUUUCUCCCUGUGGAAUAUCCAAUUUUUCUCCAAAUAGGUUUUUUUGAAUAAAUUGAGAAAGCAACAAAAGAAAACGGCUUGAACAAUAAAUAAAUAAGAAAAAAACUUUUAAAAUUAGAAAAAAAUGCUGGAGUGUGCGAUAAUGUGCCUCGGUGUGUACACCCUAAGCACCAUAAUUCACAGAACUUUUCGUCAAAAGUUUCCGGGAAAAAAACGAGCUGGCCGCACUUUAUGGAGGGGGGUAGGCCGAAGUUUGAGAAGAGGAAGGGGGGAGGAUCCAGUCGACGUAUGGACCUCCUGACAAAAAUUUAAAGUAGUUUUUUUCAGUUCAACGAACGGUACCUGAUCGAAAUGCACGAACACGUUUACUCGUGCCAAUUCGGCACAUUCAUCGGCAACUGCGAGAAAGAUCGACGGGUUGGCACAGUAAUCCGCGCACUUUCUUGGCAAGACUCGAAACUUAGGAUUUACAUGUGUCGAAAAGGACGAAAUCCCUCUGGACCUGGAUGGACGCCCGACACGACGACUACAUGAAUCCCUAUUAUUCGGUAGACUUAUUUUUCGUCAUCAUUUUUGAGACGGUAGGAUUAAAAUUUGGUCCGUAGAAGUGCGUGACCGUGUGAGUUGCGUCCACUAUAUUUAGAAGCCCUUGAAAUGAUCAUAGGACGAAAUUUCGGUCCGCAAAAGUGCGUGGCCGUGUAAAUGGCGUCCAUUGUACUUAGAAGCCUUCAAAAUUGUCGUAGGGCGGAAAGUUUGGUCUGCAAAAGUACGUGUCCGUGUGAAUUGCGUCCACAUAACCUGGAAACCAAACUGAAAUCACAAGCCCUCAAAAUUUUAAUUUUUUUAAACUAAACCUUUUAAAUUCUUUCUGUGUUUCUUCAAUAGGUUUAUAUAAAUUUUGAUCAUCACCAGUGAUCCCUAUAGGGGUGAGAACAGAGCUGUGCUUUGGGCCAGCCGGGCUGGCCAUAGUGUUGCAACGCGGUCGCGAAGCGGCCGAAAACUUGCCACUUUUCGAACUUUUUUGUCUCGAAACUUUCGCAGAGUGAGUAAAUGAGAGAGUCAGUGAUCGAAAAUGUGUUAUUUGGGAAAAUUAUGUGAUUUAAAUUAUGAAAUGAGAUUAAAAAAGCUCGCGAUUGCGACGAUUGUGGGCUGAUUCGGCCAUCAACCUCGGCCCAACGCGCAGCUCUGGGUGAGAGGAACAAAAACAGCCCUUAUAAGAGACAAAAAGUGACCCCUAUAGGGGUAAAAGUUACGUGGUCCUAUAGGGGCUCGAAGUCUGACCACACAUCUCCUAAAGCUCAAAAAAAAACCUACAGGGGUCUCUAAGAUUGCCUCUUAAGUGAUCACUCUGGCGUUUCUAACAUCACUUUGAGUAUUUUUUUUUUGCUUGAUCAUCAUUUUCGAUCUUGUGAUCUCGGUAAAAUUACCCGUCAAGGCGGUUUCAUGUCCAGUUUUGCCCCACUCGAAUUCAUCCUAUUCUAUACCUUUUAUAAAUUUUUUGUGUGGAAUGAAAGAAAAAUACAAUGAAUCAAUUUUUUUUCUUAAGCCGACGACUUUCGUCGCUCUGCUGGACUUUGACACGAGGGCGUCGCGAUUCGUCGUCUGGAACAUGCUUUAUAACCGAUUCGAUGAAGGUUCGUUCAAAUUUCAUGAAGGGUGAUGAAGCAAGGAGAAAUAUAAAAAAUUCUCAUCAUUUUUAAUAUUUUCAGUACCGUUCCUGCAGCCAUUAUUUUGCAUAAUAUAAUAUAUGAAAAUUAGAAUUUUGGAAGUAUAGUUUUUUUGUUUGGGACUAUUGGAUUCCUUCCAAGUGGAAAUAAAUGAUAAUUCCUCACUUUUUUUUCGUGCUCUUUUGGAAUUUCUCUUCUAGACUAAAUGAAUAGCUUUUCUGCGUUCUUGUAUAGCUGAUUUACGACUGGCUUGAAGCCACCGAAAAGGUUCCUGAUACGAUAAUAGAAGAGAUAGUGCCUGAUUGGUGGAGAGCGCAGACACGCCGUUCCAAGUUAGCCGUGUAUCGGCUAUAAUUCAUAAGAAACGAAUUCUCGAAUGUUCAGGAUUAUUACCUCGCGAACGGGUUGACGAGCAGACGAUGACGUCGAUCGAGCACGUCGGAGUUUUGGAAUCUCACAUUGCCGCUCUUAGAAUGGUAGAUAUUCAGUCAUAAAAAGUUAAUGAAUAUUUAAUAACCGCAGUGAGGUAACGAAGAAAUAGUGUAGGUCAUAGAAAAAGAGUUGUGGCCAUCUUUAUGCGCUUUAAAAAAUGAAAUCUAAUAGCCAGUAUCUCGUAUCUCAAUAGAGCGCGAAUGCUCGCUUCAAUGAUUUUUAUAAUGUUUAUAGUCCAUUCUGCGCCAGCUUGUCACGAUUUUUGAAGUCCUCUGAGCUACAGAACCCUUGCGAUAUUAUCUGCGCCUUUAAUAUAAUGAAAGAUUUAGGUGAAUAAAAGACGCAAGCAAAGAAAGAGAUAAAGUAGAAGUAGAACAUUGGCGAGCAAAAGUUCUCAUAUUAUAAGACGUUCUAAUGGAUAGCAGUCUUGACCGAUGGAGAAUAGACCCUGGUUCAAUCCCCAGACAAAAAAUUCAGAUCUCGAAAUUUUCCAUUGAAUUGAGCGCUCUCCAUAUUGUUAACGAAAAAUGAAAAGUCCUCCAAAUUUUUCGGUAUUCAGCUCAAAAAAAGUUGAAAAAAUCUCUUUUCCAGAGAAUAGCCGAACUGAAGACUCAAUUGGGGUCAAGUUCGACGAGCAGCUCAGCCAUGCUGGACAGUGGUCUGAGCAGCAGCGGCGGGAACGACGACCCCCUGCAAAGAUCCGGAAUCGAAAGAACGACCAGCUUCGAGAGCGGCAUCCUCGACUUGAACGGCUAUGCGGUAAAUGCAUUUUUCAUGUGAAACACUCUAGUGACCACUCAAAAGCUUACUUGAGAAGCACUUGGGGAGAACACUAAAGCGGCCACUAAAAUCAUUGUCAUUUAAAAAAUUCUUUCCCGUCUUACUGGCCACUAGAUCCACUAAAUUCCAGUCACUGCACCACUUAGAGCCACUAAAUUCCAGUCACUUAAGUGGCCACUUAUACGCGAAAACACUAAAGUGUCCACUGAAAAUUUUCCAAGAAAUUGUAAAAAUUUAUAGUCGAGUACAAAAAGGAGCGCAACUUUUGGUAUGAAGUCCAACUGAAAACUUCUGACUAAAACCUUCUUAAACUAAUAUUUUUCAAAGAAACAGCAAAACCAUCUAAUUUCAAAAAGCGUUCUUUCAAAAAAAAAAAAAAAUUGAAGCCGAGUUGAUUAGGAUUUUUUGUUCGGAAGUUUGGAUACAAGAAAACUAAAUUUUGAACUUGAUCUUCCUAAAAAUGAGAAAAAGAAAUCCUGAAAUUCUCAACCUGCACAAACUCUUAGUUUUCGAGAAAUAAGGGCUCAGAGCCCCAAAAUGGCCUUUUUUCAUGGAUUUUGAGGAUUUUAUUCGACUUUUAAGGGUCUUUUCUCAAAAACUAGGAAGUUUUGCAUGUUGAAACUUUCAGGAUCUUUUUCUGGUACAUCUAGGAACAAUCUGGCCAAUUUAUAGAAAAAUGACCUUCCUAGUACCGAAAUUUUAAAUCAUUUUUAGGGUGAAUAAAUGCGCAUUCUUUUUGAGAUUCCUUCCAUAAAUCAUAUUACCUUUUCACUUCAUUAUUAACAACUGAAUAAAAAAUUGUUAAAAUAUUCGGCGUUUGGGUUUUAUUUAACUAUAAGGUGCUUUUUAAAACAUUAUAAACUUUGAACUGAUAUUAUAAAGAUCCUCUGCCAAUUUUUGAGAACAGUUUUAUUUAUUUCCAUUGCAUCCGGUGGCUUUCUGGGAAGGAUAUUUGAAAAAAAAAGAACCUUUGAAAUUUUUUUGUGACCUUUUAUAGUUGUAAAUUAGCUUGUUCGUGUAGAUUUUCUUCUAGAAAGUCAGCCUUUUCAGGAAGAAGUUCUGACGACGCGACCGCUCCGAUGGCAACCCUUGAGAGGCGCCACUCACUGUUCCUCGAAUCAAUGUCGUGGAGAAUUUCCGUCGGUUAUCGAUCGACGUAUCCAUUGUCAUCGUUGUGGACUGGUUAGCUGAUUAUUUUUCCGUGAGGAAUGAUGCGUCGAUUGUUCUCUAUUGACAAGAAAAAAAAUGAUGCGUCAAUUCGUCAAUUGUGCUCUAUUGACAAGAAAAAAACGCGUCGUUUGUGUUCUAUUGAUAAAAAAUAUAUUUGCUGCGUAGAUUGUGCUCUAUUGAUAGGAUCUCUUCUGAGGGAACAUUUGGGCAUGCGAAUCCUUCAAAAUCUUCUCAGACCUCGGUAACGCAAACCGGAGCUUUUGUAGUGAGCACUUAAGGGUACUGACGCCCCUGAAGGGAUCCCUAGAAUUACGCAGAAGCUUCUAGUUUGCGCUACCAAGUUCAGGAGUCGUUAAAAAAAAUAGUUAAGGGAAGUGUAAUUUGAAACUCUUAAGUCUCAAAUUGAGAGUGAAAUUUUGAUCUCAUUUCAAUGCUUAUUUACAAGCUGUUUGCGGCUACUUGCAAUUUUCUGAUUUCUCUGAUCCCUCUCGUUUUCCCGUGCUAUCUUCCUGUUAGAAUGAUUUCUACGCCGGUGAGAGAAAAGAGGGUGCAGAGAAGUCGGAUUUUUUCAAGUCAUGUUAAGCUGGUUUACGGCUGGCUUGAACCAUUGAAAAAAAGGUCCUGACGCGAUAAUGCAUGAGAUAGCGCCUGGCUCGUGGAGAGCGCAGACAGGACACGCCCCCUUAGCGUCCCAAGCUAACCGUGAAUCAGCUAGAAAUUCUUUCAGCGACUACUCGAAACUGUCUGGUUUCUCUGCACCCUCUCGUUUUUAUGUUCUAUUUUUCUGAUUCCAAUGAGAGAAAAGAGGGCGCAGACAGGUCAGACUUUUUCAAGUCAUGGCGCAUGAUCUCUAGCAUUUUCCUCAGCAAUUUCAAAAUCCCAAUUUUGCAGAUUUUCUGCCGCCGAUGCGUCCGUGUCACUGCCGACGAACGGGAACGAGUCUGCGAAGGCUGCAGAAUCAAAGAAUAA